AUGGAGGACACCGUUACAAACGCCAUUGCAAACCAGCAUUGUCGUCCUUUACCUGAACCGCCACUAAUUGUCCUUGAGCAAGUACUUUUUAGCUUGAGAACAGAACUUGAACAUUGUCCCAAAAGAUCAAUAUAUGAGAGCAGAAGUAUUACUUGUCUUGGUUCACAUGAUGGAUGGAUGAUUAUGUCUGAUCAUGUUGCAAUGGGUACUUUAUCAGUCUUCUUCUUUAAUCCGGUGACUAAUCGUCGCGUCUCAGUUCCACCACGGUUGUAUUUUCCGUCCAACUCCCCAAUCCAAGCUAAAGUAUUGUUUAUAAGGAAAAUGGUAGCCUCUUCCGGACCAGAUUGUUAUAAACCAGAUUGUUAUUUGGCUGGUCUUUUCAAUGACCAUUGCCACAUUGCAUUUUAUAAGCUCUUUGACAGGUCAUGGAACUUAAUUGAAACAGAAAAGGAUUCAGGGGUUCAUUUUAUGGAUUUGGAAAUCAUGGGUUCGAAGUUGUAUGUUAGAACUGACAAGCCUUUGAAUUCCACAAUGCUUUAUGAUCUUAAAGAUUCGCCAAAGGCUGAAGUAUUAGCUAUGCUUCCACAAAGAUCCACACCAUAUGUAUCAAGAAUGAUUGAUAACCAACGUCAUGAUUCAGGUUAUACCGUUUUCUCUCUAGCAAAACACGAAACAUUAGACCAAUUAUUCCUCAUUAACAUCAUUUGCAAUAUAAUUUAUCGAUCUGAAGAUGUUGGCUAUUUGAACAUGCUCAAAGAAUAUGUUACCCCACCUGAGAUCACUUGA